AUGGACGGUGGGCCGGGCGGCCUUCCGCCUGCGGGAGGCUAUCCUCCAGGGUUCCUCGGUUACGGACCGCCGCUUCCUGGAACGCCAGAAGCGAUGCUCCACGUUCAUCAGCAGGCGGCAUACUGGCACGCCUUCUCGCCGCUCUUGACGAAUCCUGCAUCUGGGAUGCCCCCGUACGGUGCGGGGUCUUCCGCCCUUCCUCUUCCCUUCGCUUCUGCUGGAGCAGCUUUCCCGUACACGGCUGCUUCGGUGGGAAUGCACGCAGAGAACAAACCAGAAGAUGCCGCUUUCCAAACUACGGGACAGGCUUCGACUGCCUACGCUUGUGCCGCUUCGUCCGCUUCCCACGCCCCGGCGGUAUCCGUGGAAGGGAGUGCAGCGCCGUCUGCCAUCUCACCAGCUGCGCCGUUCUCCGACAAUUGUCUGGCAGAAGGGAGCGCUUCUCAGCAGAGUUCAGCUGCCGCCGCUUUGCCGACGGCUUCUGGUACCGCUUCUUGUUCAUCUUUUCUCGCUUCUUCCGUGCGGGCUUCUUCUCCGACCCGUCACACGACGCCUGCGACUCCGUCGUCUCUCUCGGUGUCUCCGUCGCUUUCUUCGUCAGCCGAGAACCCGCCCAUCCGGACGGCGGCCGCGUCCGGAGCCGCUGCACUGUCUUCGCCGCCUUCUCCGAGCAGGAGGGAUGUCGCUUCGAAAGAACGUGCCUCGGUGAAACUGCCGCUCGCUUCUCUUCCGUCGUUGUCUCUCUCCGACGCUCAGCGCACCCCCGCUGCCGGGGUUUCCUCCUUUCCACAGUCUCCCGCCGAGGCACCAUGCGAUCGGCCAGACGCAGCUCCGCGCAGCGCUCGCGCUGUGGAGUGCGAAACCGCUCCGUCUUUUGCCGCCUCGCCGGAACCUCAAGACGGGACUCCACAUGUCGGCAAAUCGCCUGGAGAGAAGGCAAAAGGGCCGGGAGGCCUGCGUCGCGUGAGAGUCCCGCAGCUCAGGUUCCGCAAGAAGGCUGCGAAUGACGUGGCGUUUCUGAAAACGUUCUCGAAGGUCUUUGGAAAAAGAGGCGAACCGCUCGUCUGGUGCAAAAGACGCGGUCGGCCGUGGUGGCCAGGCCUCCUCGCCAACCCUGAUGACCCCCACCUCGUCCCUCCGCUCCCUGAUCACGUUCGCGCAAAACAGCCUCCGAUUGGCAAAGACGGAGAGAUUCGUCUUCUCUUCCUCUGUUGCGGAACGUGGCGAUACUGGUGGUCGAGCUCAAAGUGUCUCCGGGACUUCCGAGAGGCGUACGCCGCCAUCGCGCCCCGAGUCCGCAGCCUAGGUUUUCUUCCCCGACUUGCCGUCCAGCACGCCCUGGAAGAGUGCGACUGGCGGGACAACGCCGACUGGUGUCCAAGCAAGACGCUCGCCGAGACCCAGACCGCGGACGAAGCUGGCGACGAGGAAGAAGGGUGGCUAACAGAGAACGCGUGCUCCUCAGAUUCGGACGAAGAAGACGGAGUGAUGGACGACAGCGAAUGGUGGUCAGGCAGGAAGAUUGAACCUGCGGAGCGCCCUGGCGCCAAGCCGUGCACUACCGAGGCCGCCUGUUCCGGACUGGGCGGUUCGAGGGCGGAGGCGGCGACUCCCCAGACUGCCGAAGGCCGCGAGCGAGGACCGCCGUCGACAGAAGGUCACCGCGGAGGGGACAGGGCGGCUUCGCCGUUCUUUCCCCUGGCUUCGGCGUCUUCGCCAACAGGGACUGCGCUUCCUGCGGCUCCCGUGCAGCCCGCAGCGAGUGUCGAGGCGGGCUUGUGGUCAGAAGGCGCCGGGAAUCGGCCUGCGGGCCGAGAAGAAGAGAAGAGAGACAGGAGCCGCGAGACGGUCGGCAGGGAAGAGCCGCCUCUGGAGAGGGACCGGAAGAGGGCGCGGGAACGCGAGACUGGACCCGCGCCAGCCCCAGACGCCGCAGUCUCGGCUGCCGACCGUCCCUGUCGCUCGAUCCGCUUAGGCGCAGCUCGAGGCCUUGCUCCAGCGCCCUCGGGGACAGCGAGGGGAGGCAGCCAGCAGGCUUCCAGUUCGCCUGUCCAGGCGGAGCGUGCUCUCAGCAGUUCUGGACAAGUGCCGAGCGAUGUGACGUCCGGUUCCUGCAGUGCCCCGAACGGAACUGGCGGGCCGCGCGCCGAGUCGAGGGCGGGACUUCUGUCGACGCGUUCCGCGCGUGCCUUGCACCCGCCUUUCGUCUCGGAAGAGGAAGUUGACAGCGAGAAGGAUGUUGCGCCGAUGCACGUGGAUAGCGAACCCCUAAACCCCCCGAGAGAGGCCGCCGCUCGAGAGCUCGGCGACUCCCGCGACGCGUCCGAGAGUCUGCUGGGCACCUCGUGUUCGUCAACCGAUCCUGCGCCUCCUGCGCGUGCGCCUGCGCCGAUUUCCUCUGAGACUCCAUGUUCUCUUCCCCCGUCGACCUCGGGUUCGCCCUUCUCCAUGUCGCUGUCAGGACGCCGCAAGGGCGGCUCGCAGAAGUGCUGCCUUGCGGCGGACGCGCCGACGACGUCGGGCCCAGCCGCCGGUUUUGCCGCGUCGUCAGCUGUCGCAGGCUCUGGGGGCAGUCCUGAGGGCGAGUCCCUCGAGGCGGCGCCGAGGCCUGCAGGCGGCGCCUCGUGCGCCGCUGCGGCCUCAGCCGAAACCGGAGUCGAGUCUGCGCCGCACGUCCCGCUGUCGUGGCCCGACACGAUAUGGCACAGACUGCGGCGGCAGGCCGAGACGGCGCGGCGGAAGAAAGGCUCUGAUCUCCCUGGGCCUUCCGGGGUUUCUCGGCCUUCCGUGGUUCCUGGGCCUUCCGUGGUUCCUGGGCCUUCCGGGGUUUCUGGGUCUUCCGUGGUUCCUGGGCCUUCCGGGGUUUCUGGGUCUUCCGGGGUCUGUGCGCCGAGUGGUAAGACCAGCCUGUUUCUCCAGAGCGCGCAGGAGGCGGGGACUCCUCUCAUCCCGACCUACGGCGCAGCGACGGGCGCCUUUGCACCAGAGAAGCGCGCCGCAGCGAGCGGAGCGCAGCCCCCCCACAUCCGAGCUGCAGCCGCUGCCGGAGCAGCAGCCGCCGCGAUGGCCGCCGCAUCGGCUGCGUCGGCGGCGGCGGAGAAGAGUCAGCGACGCGAAGCGGCUCGGAGACUCCAGGCCUCGCAGGCGUCGCCGAGGGCCGGGCCUGCGGCUGGGACAGGGACAGGCGGGGGGUCGGGGCCCGAGACCGGGAGCCCGGACGCGUUGACGAAGGCCGCUCCGACUGCAGCUGCGCAGGUGACUGGCGUGUGGGAGCAGAGCGAGAGGAAGGGUGGAGAGGAGGCGGGGGGGGAGCGCAUGGGACGGAGAGGGUCAGAGCGGUCGGCGGUCGGGCGAAGCUCGGGAGGGAGCGAAGGCGAAGAAGUCGCUCGAAGACGGCGCCGGGAGACGCGAAGAGGAGCGAGCACGAGCAGGGACAACGAGAGAAGCCCCCGGAAAGGGGACAGCUGGCGGGGAGGCGCGCGCGGGUCGAAACGUUCUCCUUCUGGUUCCUCUACACUCCCUCGGCAGCGCCUCUCGCGCAGGCGCCGACUGGAGAGCCGUCAGGAGGCGAGGUCGCGACGGGAGGCCAAGAGCCACCGCCGAGGGUCGUCUCGCUCUCGGUCUUCUUUUUCACGGCACUCGGACUCGCGAACGUCUUCCUCGCUCUCGUCCUCUCCCUCUCAGUUUCGAAGGAAGAGUCGACGGGCACGGGACCUCUCCCGUGCCCGUCGACUUUCCAGAAGCGCGUCGACGGACUCUCGAGAAGAGAGGCGGAGACGAAGAGGCGAGCACGUCGGCAGGCGUCCUUUCGAUUCGUCGUGGUUCGAGGACAGAGGCCCCGGGCGGGGAGGCCAUCUGGAGAGGUGGGGCAGUCGUGGGUCGGACUGGAAACGGGCGGGGAGAGAGAGGAGAGAGGGAAGCCGAGCCGGUAGCAGGGACGAGAUGGGAAGUUUCAGCCGGUCGUCUUCGAGCGGCGUCUCGAGGAAGCCGCGCGACUCCAGCGUCGGCAAAGGUGGCGACUGGAGAAGAGACGAGGUGGAACGCGGGCGUGACUGUCUCUGGCGAGGCGGUCGCGUCGGCAGGCAUGCGUGGGGAUCCGAUUCCAAGUCGACGCCUGGUUCUUCCUGUUCGUCCUCGCUCUCGGCGCAUUCGCGGGGAGACAGCCCAGCAGUCGGCAGACGAGGACACGACUCGACUCAUCCCAGCGGCCGCCAUGGUGGGCCGUCUGUCUGCGGUGUCCGCGGCAGAGAACAAGGAGGAAGAAAGAGGCGAGCCGACGUCUCUUGUGAGAGGCGCAGCGACGGAAGAGAAAGGGGUGCGUCCUCGGAGCGAUCGCCCGACUCGCUCUCGCCUUCUCCCGGGCGACAGACAAGAAGGGACACGAAGAGCGGAAAGGAGACUGGGGCGAAGGCGUGUCCACACCCGGAGAAAGGGUCUCCGCAGCCCGCCCCGGAGUCCCUCUCUGCUUCUGUCCCUGCCGUGAGUUCAGCUUCAACACCUUUACUCGAGGAAGGCGGCGGCUCUUCUCUGCAACGCCGGGUUGCCGAGUCUCCCUCUCGAGGCGCUCCAAACGCAUCGUCGCCUGUCUCUGGUCUUCCCGCCGCGUUGCCGGCAAGCGAAGAAACCUUCCCGCCGACGCAUGCGGGGCCUUGUGGCGCCGCGUCCUUUUCGCUUUGCUCGACUUUUCGUCUCUGCGACGGCCCCGCAGGUUCUUCGCCCGCGGCGCUGGGCUCCGCUCCGCCUCAGAGCGGUUCAGCCUCCGAGCCCAAAGCGUCGCCGGAGGCCGGCAGGGAGCCCGAAGAGCCCACGGGGCCAGAGCCGGCGGAGAGGAGACACGAGGGGGACGGCGCCGACGCAGAUGCCCCUUCGCCGUCGCGUGCGUCUGCUCCGAUCAACGCCCUUGCACCACCGCCUUCUCACCUUUUCGCCUCGUCCGCCGCGAGUCCGCCUCCCCCGCUCGCUGCCCGAUCUGGGUCUUACCAGAGGGGCGAGGCGAGCGAGAGUCGCGCAGGAAAGACGCCUUGGCUGUCUCCUUCGGAACCUGCCGACGCGCGCGGCAGGCGGGGCCGAGACACGCGAGGCCGUCGUUCGGGCUCCAGGUCCCCGAGUUCGCUGAGCUCGAGUCGCAGCCCCUCGAGCAGAGCUUCGUCGCGAGAACGGCGGAAACGAAAGCGACGAGCUCACAGCAGGCGUCGCCCGACGAGGCGUCGAGGUCCCCGACGGUCGCCUUCGGGCUCGCAGACGGAGCGGAGUUUGCGGGAUUGCGACGAGACCGACGAGACCAGCAGGUCGAGCUCGGAGGUGCGGGCCCGGGGGCGAGACAAGGCUCGCCACAGACGCAGAAACUCGCCGAGAAGGGGGCGGAGAGUGUCUUCUGAGGACUUGAGUGGCGGGUCCACGCAGUCGCCUCUCCACCGACGCGGCCUCUCGGAUAGCCAGUACCUGUCCUUCGCGGCGCGGCGCGUUCGCGUCCUGCACGCGCAAGGCCGUUGCUUGCCUUGUCGGUUUCACUGGCGGCGUCAGGGGUGCCGGAACGGAGACGGCUGCAAGUUUUGCCACGAUCCGUCUCACGACGACUUGAUGCUGUGUCGAGACGCCGAGCGCGGCGCCAGCAGCCGCUCACGGUCGCUGGGUGAGCGCGAGCACGGCGACGCUGGCGAAAAUCUGCGACCCGGCGCAGACGACGGGGUCAGGGGGCGGGGCAUGCGCCUCUUUCGACGCUCUUUCUCCGGUUCGCGGUUUGCAGGGCGGGGCGAACGCGCGCGCGGGUUCGACGCAGGACGCCUUGGCUCUCGAGAGAAGAGGCCGAGACGCAUUGGAGACAGUCUGGAGAGAGACCGCGAGCGAUGCCCGGCCGGCAGCCGAACUGACGGACGAGAAAGGUGGACUGAAGGCGAGGGAAGCCAGCAAAGCAACUUGGACGAGGGCGACCGCCGGGAAGGAGCGACGAAUUCGCAGACGGAGGAAAGGAACGCGGCUGCCACGGAGACUCUCGAGGCGUGUAACGGCACCGCAGAGGCGCUGGAGGGAGAGCGGGGAAAAGGGCGAGAAAUGGACAAUGAGCACCACCCGGCAGCGACAGUCCCUGUGGACGCGUUCGACAUCCGACUUCCCAGGACGCACGGCGAGAACGGCGAAGGCGAGCAUUCGCGCGCCUGUGAAGGUGUGAUACCGGAUGGCCAGGCAGACGUCGACAGCCUCGUUGCAGGCGCGAGCGACGCGGCCGUCUCAGGCGGGGAAGUGCCGGGAUAG